AUGUCCGGAUUCGUCGGGGUCGUCGUGUCCGACCCCUCGCUGCAGGGGCAGUUCACGCAGGUCGAGCUCCGAUCGCUCAAGGACAAGUUCGUGUCUCUGAAGAGAGAUUCCGGCCAUGUCACCACUAAGAAUCUGCCGGGGCUGAUGAAGAAGCUGAGGGGGCUCAAUGAGGUGGUCUCUGAGGAGGAGAUCGCGGCCUUCCUGUCGGAGUCGUACCCCGACAGCGAUCAGGAGAUUGAAUUCGAAUCCUUCCUCCGGGAGUAUCUGAAUCUGCAGGCGCGGGUGAGUGACAAGGGAGGUGGUGCCGGCGGUGGCGGGGGUGGCAAGUCGUCGUUCCUCAAGUCCAGCACCACUACGCUGCUGCACAAUCUCAAUCAGGCAGAGAAAUCGUCGUAUGUGGCGCACAUCAAUACUUACCUCCGUGAAGACCCAUUCCUGAAGAAGUACUUGCCCAUCGACCCAUCUGGAAACCAGCUGUUCGAUCUCAUCCGGGACGGUGUUCUGCUUUGGUGA